GCUCCCUCAUCGCUCAUCCUCCUCCCUCGCCGGUCCGGCUCUCCCCGCUACCACUCGGUCGGUCCUCAUCCCUCAUCGCUCAUCCUCCCUUGGCUGCUCGAAAAGAACCUGAUCUAGACAACAACACUCAUUCAUUCGGAUCUGUCAAAUGGCCUGAAAUCUACCAUGAAUGCCAUGACCACUAUUCCACAACCCAUCGUUUCCUCAGUCAUCCACCAAAACCAGUCCCACUACAACCACCUUUUAACCUCCCUCUCCGCCUCUUCCUCCCUCUUGCACCUUAAGCAAAUUCACACCCAAAUCCUCCGCUCUGGCCUUGACCGCUCCAAUUCCCUCCUUAUCAAACUCGUUCUUUCCGCUUGCACCCUAUCAUCCCCAUCCUUGGACUAUGCUCUAUUGGUCUUUUACCAAAUGCACAACCCAGAACCCCAUCUCUCAAACAAAUUAUUGCGUGAACUUUCUCGAAGCAGCAAACCAGAAAAGGCCCUUUUGGCAUACGCCAAGAUGAGGGAACAAGGACUUGUUAUUGACAGUUUUAGCUUCCCACCACUUCUGAAGGCGUCCACAAGAGUUUCGAGAUUAAUUGAAGGGAUGGAACUUCACGGGUUCGCUUCGAAAAUGGAUUUUGUGUCGGACCCGUUUGUGCAGACCGGUUUGGUUGCAAUGUAUGCAGCCUGUGGACAUAUCGAAGAUGCACGACUGGUGUUUGAUAAAAUGUCUCACAGAGAUGUUGUUGCAUGGAAUAUUAUGAUUGAUGGCUAUUGCGGGAAUGGGCGAUUUAACAAUGUGCUGCCCUUGAUUGAAGAGAUGAAAAGGUCAAACAUAAAACCAGAUGAGAAGAUCUUUUCUACUGUUCUUUCUGCUUGUGGCCGUGCUAGAAAUUUAGAACUCGGGAAGGCCAUUCACGAGCUCAUUGCUGAAAACGAAGUUGUAGUCGAUCAUAACUUGCAGUGUGCACUCAUCAUCAUGUAUGCAGGUUGUGGCUCCAUGGACAUGGCAAGGAGUUUGUACAAAGAGUUGUCCCCGAAGAACAUAGUUGUUUCUACUGCCAUGAUUACAGGGUACUCAAAUGUGGGGAAGGUUGAAUCUGGAUUCUUGAUCUUUGAUCAAAUGGCCGAAAAGGACUUAGUUUGUUGGAGUGCAAUGAUUUCUGGAUAUGCAGAGGGAGGUCAGCCUCAGGAUGCUCUUCAGUUGUUCCAUAAAAUGCUAAGUUUUGGAGUAAAACCUGACCAGGUCACUAUGCUAAGUGUUGUUUCCGCUUGUGCUAAUUUAGGCGCUCUUGAUCACGCAAUCCAAAUCCAAUCGUACAUUGAUGAAAAUGGGUUCUGUGGAGCCUUGCCAGUGAACAAUGCACUUAUUGACAUGUAUGCAAAAUGUGGGGAUCUCAAAAGGGCCAGAGGAGUUUUUGCUAGAAUGCAUAGGCGAAAUGUCAUCACCUGGAGCAGCAUGAUCGGGGCUUAUGCUGUUCAUGGAGACGCCGUUAAAGCCCUCGAGCUCUUUCAUGAAAUGAAAACCCAAAAAAUCAAGCCAAAUGGUGUAACUUUCGUGGGUUUGCUAUAUGCUUGUAGCCACGCAGGAUUGGUUGAAGAGGGUCAGAAACUCUUUGCAUCAAUGGUUAACGAUCACAACAUAGUCCCCAAAAGAGAGCAUUAUGGUUGCAUGGUAGAUCUCUAUGGCCGAGCCAAUUUACUUAGAAAAGCUCUUCAAGUAAUCGAAGAGAUGCCCAUGGCACCAAACGUUGUGAUAUGGGGAUCCCUGAUGGCUGCUUGUCGAAUCUACAAUGAGGUUGAACUAGGCGAGUUUGCAGCAAAGCGUGUUCUUGAGCUCGACCCAUAUCACGAUGGGGCGCACAUCCUCCUGUCGAACAUAUACGCCAAAGAACGAAGAUGGGAAAACGUGGGGGAAAUGAGGAGAUUGAUGCAGCAUAAAGGCGUGGUGAAGCAACGUGGAUGUAGUAGAAUCGAGCUCGAUGGUGAGAUACAUGAGUUCUUAACGGCGGAUAGAAAUCACAAUGAAACCGAUGACAUAUAUGCAAAGUUGGAUGAGGUCGUAAGUGAGUUGGAGGUGGCGGGUUACACUCCAAAUAUGUGCUGCGUUUUGGUUGAUUUGGAUGAAGAAGAGAAGAUGAAGGCUCUAUUAUGGCAUAGUGAGAAGUUGGCACUUUGCUACGGGUUACUGAGACGGAAAAGAGGAUCCUGCAUUCGUAUAAUCAAGAAUCUUCGAGUUUGUGAAGACUGCCAUAACUUCAUGAAGCUGGCAUCGAAGGUUUACGAGACUCGGAUCAUUGUACGGGAUCGGACCAGGUUUCACGAUUACAACGAUGGUGCUUGUUCUUGCAAAGACUAUUGGUGAUAAAAAAAAUCUUUGCUGACAUAGCUUCCUUGGAAAUCUUGGUGCCAUUGAAGAAUCUGUCAUCAUGGAAUGAGUGGUCAUGAUUGGACCAACGCUUAUCGAUAAAAGUCACAACCCUCACUUACCUUUCCGCGUGAGAUUCUUGGCCACCAAAAUGGCAUAAUAAACAUCUUUUACCCGGUAAACACUAAUCGGGUAAGAGUCACCAGCCUCACUUACCGGGUAGGAUUUGCGGUCCUUUCCACAUAUGCCUCUUAUUGAGUAAGAUUCUCGGUUCUUGUCAUGCUCAGCUUGUAAGUUAGGUUUAGUAAACGGCUCCUCAGUAUACUAUAUGCUAUGCUGUUAAUUGUGGGGCUAUUGCAACAGACUAAGGUAAACUUGCAGUGGUCAAAUUGUGGUGAAAAUUGCGUUUCCAAUAUUAGCGGUGCAAUGACCGAUAUUUACGGACUGAUAUUCCGAUAUUUUAGCUUAGGCCUC